UAUGACAUUUUGUCAGAGUGGUGGUGAUCGAUAAAGCGAAUACUGGAAAAUAUACAGAAAAAGUAAUUUUCUAUAGGAAAAACUCUGCCAUUUGGGAGUAUUUUUGCGUGCCACACACAGCAACCUCAGGUGUCAUAAACUAUAUUCAAACUACUUGCUUGCAAUUCGCAUUUUAACUGCAAUAUCCACUUUUCCAAACUACAUCGAAACAAAGGAAUCAAAAAUGAGUGAAGGUUGCUAUUUCAAUAUUGAUGGUGGCUACUUGGAAGGUUUGUGCCGCGGUUUUAAGUGUGGCAUUCUUAAGCAAUCCGACUACCUUAAUCUGGUUCAGUGUGAAACUUUAGAAGAUUUAAAAUUGCACUUGCAAAGUACUGACUAUGGCAGUUUCUUGGCCAAUGAACCAUCGCCACUCUCUGUGUCUGUCAUUGAUGACAAGUUACGCGAGAAACUUGUUAUCGAAUUCCAACAUCUCCGCAAUCAUGCCGUUGAGCCACUGGCCAGCUUCUUGGAUUUCAUUACAUACGGUUACAUGAUUGAUAACAUCAUUUUGCUUAUCACUGGCACUCUACAUCAACGUCCAAUUUCCGAAUUGAUUCCCAAGUGUCAUCCAUUGGGCAGUUUCGAACAGAUGGAAGCGAUUCAUGUUGCUGCCACACCAGCUGAAUUGUACAACGCUGUGUUAGUUGAUACACCAUUGGCACCAUUCUUUGUUGAUUGCAUUUCCGAGCAGGAUUUGGAUGAAAUGAACAUUGAAAUCAUUCGUAAUACUUUGUACAAAGCUUACUUGGAAGCUUUCUAUGAAUUCUGCAAGAAACUGGGUGGCUCCACUGCUGAUGUUAUGUGCGAAAUUUUGGCUUUCGAAGCUGAUCGCCGCGCUAUUAUCAUCACUAUCAACUCGUUCGGCACUGAAUUGUCCAAGGACGAUCGUGCUAAAUUGUAUCCCUGUUGUGGCAACAUGCACCCAGACGGUUUGGCUGCUUUGGCACGCGCCGAUGAUUACGAGCAGGUUAAGACAGUAGCCGAGUAUUAUGCAGAAUAUGCUGCUCUCUUCGAUGGUUCCGGCACCAAUCCUGGCGAUAAAACCCUUGAGGAUAAAUUCUUCGAGCAUGAAGUUAAGCUCAACGUCUACGCUUUCAUGCAGCAAUUCCAUUUUGGUGUAUUCUAUGCGUACUUGAAGUUGAAGGAGCAAGAGUGCCGCAAUAUUGUGUGGAUAUCUGAGUGUGUGGCACAAAAGCAUCGCGCGAAAAUUGACAACUACAUACCCAUUUUCUAAAUGUUGUUGAACAUUCUUGUUGUUCUUUUGGGUUGUUGUUCUCUCGUGCGAGUUUUACAUUGUGUUCGAUUAAAAUAAAAAAAUAUAUGGAUAUUUCUUUUGUUUGAAAGAAAGAAAGUUUGCUAAAACAAGCCCGAGUAAAUGAAUUGUUAACAGUAUCGUUUUUCCGUGUAUAUUGUAAAUAUUUUGCUUGUAUUGUAAUAAGCAAAUUAUGCAUUAAAGGCAAUAUUUUCUUAAAUUCUCCUUUCA